CAGAGCUCUCUGCUAGAUGGGACCAAAGCUUCAGCGACCCACAGCCCCAUAUACAUGAGCUACUAAGGGAGGGAGAGUAGAGAAGAGGAGAAGACUGCUGCUAGUGUGCACACUGGCUCAGAGAGAGGCUACAGCAAGACAGCUGUGGUUUUUUCUUACACUAGUUUCCUUCUAGAGCUGUUGAUGAGGCAGGCUGGGUCGGCUCCAGCUCAGCUCAGCCUGGGGUCCAGAGGUGGGCAGGGCGGUCGAAGUGUGUGUCACUUCUCAAGUGUGUAUGACUUUCUUUUGCAACUUGUGAACACUGGAACUGUACUCUAAGCAUUAUGACUCUUCUGGGCUCUGAACACUCCAUACUCAUACGAAGCAAGUUUAGAUCAGUCCUACAGUUAAGACUUCAGCAGAGGAGGACACGAGAGCAACUGGCAGACCAAGGCAUCAUGCCUCUGAACCAUGGCAAGUUCCCUAAGCAGGAGGACUCAUAUGCGUUUGAGGAGGACAGCAGCAGUGAGAGUCUGUCUCCAGAACAGCACCACAGUGACGAGUCGCAGGGCUCAGCCUGCCCUUCAUCUGAGGCUGUCGGCAGCACGCCCUCCUCCUCCUCCUCACCUGCCCUCACCAGCCCACGACAAGGGGGAGCAACCAGAGACCCACCUGACCAAAUCCAGGAUGAAGGGCUGUGUGGUGCCAACAACAGUCAGGCUACUACUUCCCCAAUACCUGUUCCUGCUGUCAAGUCCAAGACAUCAGACAAGAACCGACACAAGAAGCCCAAAGAUGUGAAGCCCAAGGUGAAGAAGCUCAAGUACCACCAGUACAUUCCCCCGGACCAGAAGGCUGAGAAGUCUCCUCCACCCAUGGACUCUGCCUACGCCCGACUCCUGCAGCAGCAGCAGCUCUUCCUGCAGCUGCAGAUCCUCAGCCAGCAGAAACAUGCUCACGCACAUUCGCAGACACAGCAGUCCAAGCAGCACACGCACAGUCCACAGGCACAGGCCCCGACUCAGCAGAAACAGCCUACCUUCAGCUACCAGCCUCACCCACCAGCCCAGAGCCACAAAGGAGCCAGUGAGCAGAUAUCAGCUGGUAGCUCCAAUGCUCCACCCAGCACAGCCAACAGCAACUCCUCUUCUCCGGUCAAGAACACAUAUCCCAGUCAAAGUAACGUCUCACCGGUCAAACCUGGGCCCCUGCCAGCCAAUUUGGAUGACCUGAAGGUAUCAGAACUCAGGCAGCACCUGCGUAUGCGUGGCAUGCCUGUCUCAGGCACCAAGACUGCCCUCAUUGAGCGACUCAGGCCAUUCAAGGACUAUAAUGCUGGCUCCUCGCCCUCGGGCUCCUCUGACAUCACCACAGUGACCUUCCCUGUCACACCCACGGGGUCCCUGUCUUCUUACCAGUCUCCAUCCUCUUCCAGUGCUCUGUCCCAGGGAGGCUACUACCCUUACCCCAGCACCUCCUCUACCCCUCCCAUCUCCCCGGCCUCGUCUGAGCUGUCCCUCAGUGGCUCACUCCCUGACAGCUUCAGCGACGUUCCCAUGUCGUCACCUACACAGUUCGCUCUGCAGCCGUCCCCGGCCCAGCUCAGCAUAGAGGAUGGCUUAGGAGGACACAGGGCGGGGGAGGGUGGAGGUAUGGAUGGCCUUGAAGCUGAAAAAGAUAAAAUGCUGGUGGAAAAGCAGAAAGUGAUUGAGGAACUGACGUGGAAGCUGCACCAGGAGCAGAGACAGGUCGAAGAGCUGAAAAUGCAGCUACACAAGCGGAAGCGCUGCUAUGGAGCAACACAGGACACAGUCCCUCCUCUAUCUCACCGCUCCAUGCAGCACCAGCAGACUCCAGCCAUUAUGGGCCAGCACUUCUUUGGGGUGACUGUCAAGCAGGAGCCUGUGUCCCUGUCCUCCAGUUGCCCACUGUCCUCUCCCAAACAGCUGAAGGGCCCUGCUGGCAGCUGCAUGGAGGAUAUGGGGCACUGCAACACCUCCGUCUCCAAUGUAGGGGGGCCCAGUGGGCCACAGUGCAUGGACACAGCACCUUCUUCUGGCAGCCCCUCCACCAUGUCUGCUUUCCUUAGUCCACAGUGCUCACCGCAAGAAUCUCCCAACGGAAAGGCUUCCAGUAGCCCCCAGCCGUCAUCUCCUAAUAACCCCUACCUGCUGUCACCCCCACUGGGAAGAGACAGCUGCAGUCACCCCCACAUCCAGGGCAACAACAGAGCAUGCAACAUGCAGAUGCAGCAGAAGAGUGGGGCCCAGCCAGUGAACUGUUCUUAUCCUUCUGACCAAAGAGGUCUUCAGGGAGUCUUUCACAACUCUUCUGAUUGUGGCCUUAACCACAACAGCUCAGCCAAGGCUGACAACCAGCAUAUGCAGCCAAAGAUGUCAGUAUUGCCCUCUCCUCGACAUGUUGGCCAAAAAUGCCAGAUCUCUCCCCCUGCCUUCAGUAGCUCAGAUUCAGAUGCAUCUGACUUAAGACAGCCCCCACGCUAUGAGGAUGCAGUGAAGCAGCAACUGACCAGAAGUCAGCAGAUGGAUGAACUUUUGGAUGUGCUCAUAGAGAGUGGAGAGAUGCCAGCUAAUGCCAGAGAAGAGAGGGAGAGGUCCUCUGUAAGCAAAGUUGUGCCUCACAUUACUGUGUCCCCAGGGUGUCCCGGCCUCCUCAUCCCAAGGUUUCAUCGACACUACGAACACCUGUCCCCUGCUCAGCUCUCUUACGACCACUCGGCCAGUCAUGUCACUGGGAGCCACAUGGAGACUCUCCUGGGAAGUUCAACUGGUCGAGGAGGGGACGUGGCCCUUCUUAAAAUGGCUUCCGAGGAUGGGAUGGGUCGGGACAAACUUCUGAGCAACAGAGAUCUGAUGGACACUCCUCUGUCACCCAUCGGCACCAAGGUGUCCACCAUUCCCGAGGUACAAGGGAUGCUCAGCAUGACCUUCAGCGAAGCCCCAUGGGAAUCGAUGGAGUGGCUGGACCUGACGCCGCCCAGCUCAGCCACAGCCUUCAGUGUUGCUCCACCCAGUGGCCCCAGCAUCUUCAACACAGAGUUCCUGGAUGUCACAGACAUUAACUUGAACUCUGCUAUGGACCUUCACCUGGAGCACUGGUGAAAAGCCACAUCACAGCCUAUGUGCUGGCUAGAAACAAGCUAGUAAUUAGCCAUCAUACACUGGCUUGAAAGUAGCUGUAUGGACCACUAAUUAUCAGCUCUGACCAUACCAAAGAACCAAACUCUGCCCUUACAGUGCCUGACAUACAAUCUUGUCAUAAUAUAAUGUGAUGUUAUAUAAAGUUGACCAUUAGCCUAUAGCUUUUCAAAAAUUUACAGCUAAGUCAGAAGCUGAACUACAGAAUUAUAUUUUGACUUACUUUCUCCACUUCACUGAGUUGAGGUUCUCGUGCUGUCAUCAUACCUAGAAUCCAAAGACGUGAGCUUUGUCUGAUUGGACAACAAUGCGCACAACUGCCAAAAAAGUAUGACAGUGGACACAUGAAGGAUUUUCUAGAUAAUGGAAAGACAUGAUUACAGUGCUUUAUACCAACACUUUAUGCAGUGUCAGUGUUACACCACCUAGACUUGAAGACACAUUUUGACAACCAUUGUAUACUUUCUGAGUCUGUUUGUAUUACUGGAAAAACCAAAGGAAUUGCCAGAUGAAUUGGAUUGCUUAGUACAACCUUUUUGUAAAUAUCACUGGCUGUUUGUACUAACAGAGAAUAGUUGACAUCUGCAUAUUUUGUCAGGGGUGUAGGAGAGGACACAAACCACAAAUUAGGUGUAUUAUGUAAUCAGUUCAUCAUUUGAUGUAAAUAUAAAAAAAAACUCACUGUGCACCUCUUGCUUAAAACAUUUAUCACAAUUUGCUUGAGCUUAGGAUAUGUGUGUAGAAAUGGUUGUCAUUCCUUUGAAAGUUCUUUUUUAUACUAGAUCUGUUUAUUAUUUGGCUUAUUUUUCCACAGUAUGACAUUAGUGUGAGAAAUUAGUAUCUUUGCUAAACUAUUUUUUAUCAUCUGACAGACUGUGCCUUAUUUGCAACAUUUUAUGACAAAAUCUUUUUCCCUUCAAUUUUAUAUUAAUUUACUGUCCAUGAAAGCUAUUGAUAGAUCUUAAUAAAAAGGAUCUAAUGUAAGUCAGUUUUUCUUUAGCUGCAAAUUCAGACAAAUAUUAAUGAAAAGUCCAUCCCCACCUCUGUUUUCUCUUCUAAGUACUUUUUUUUUUUACCUAAAGAAAUUUACUCCAUUUCCAAGCCAAUCACGUUUAUUUAUUUUAUGUUUUUAUAUUUAUACUUUAUCCAGCAUAAAGUAUCCUGUAUUUAUACUGACAUUCCUGUCUAAUAGAUUGGGGCUCUUUUUGAUUUACCAGAAAACUCCAGUGCUACCAUUUUGACCACAGACAUUUCAUUGUAAAUCACUUCUCUUUAGAAAUGUGAUGCAAAGUGAAGGAACCACCUCGAAAAGCUUUCUUAAACCACUCUUAGUUAAAAAGUGGAAAUGUCCAUUAUUAGCACUUGUGAAUAUGAAAAUGUAAUAUAUUCUGAUCUUUACUGUGAAUGCUGCACAAACAUGUACCGGGUCCAGCCUAGACACGCAGUAGUUAGCCUAAUGUGAGGAUUUCAAAACACAUUUUAAAGUUUUAGACUUGGCCAGUAAUUGUUUGUUUUUCACACAGUAAACCAUAAAGGAAUAAUUUAAUAUUUUGAGAAAUAUGUUUAUUUGGUUUGUUGCUGAGAGAUAUGGAGACUGACACCUCAUGCUAAACAUUAGGGUACAGCCAGUAGCUCGUUAGGUUAGAUUACACAAAGAUUUUAAAUGAGGAAACAAUUAGCGCAGCUGUGUCCAAAAGUAACAAAAUCUGCUGAACUGCACCUUUAACUUAAAAUUCUAUUUGAUCCAUGUCAGCCUUAAGGCCAGUGAGCUCUAGGUCUAUCCGCUGUUCACUGUCCUUGACAAUGUAUUUUCUUGGUUAGCUUAUCUGUCACCAGCUCCAACGAAGCUCAACAAUUAAAUAGUUUAAACCAGCGCAUCAUCUUCAUAAAACUGGAGUGCUGAAAAAGAUACUUUUAAAAUGUAAUAGAUUACAGAAUACUAAUUACUUCUUCCAAGUAAUGUAACAUUCAUUUUAAUUACUUUCUGAUUACUUUUUUUUUUAAGUAAGAUAAAGCUGAAAAGCCAUAACAUAAAUUGUGACCUCACAACAGUACUCAACACUUAUUACUGUUACUGUAAAACCUUUAUUAAAAGUCUCUCAACCUAACUUCAGUUACAUAAUACAUUACUGUUGAAUCUCAUAGCCUCCUGAAGUGGCACUAAGCAAAGCCAUUUUCUGAAAAUAUAGUUGAAUUUCCAGCACUGAAAAAAGGUUCUUCCCUGGUCACAGCCAGGCUGUAUAGAGCAGUGUGCCAUGAUUUGAUUGACAGACAAGGGGUGGUGCAAAGCCAAACCAAUCAAAAGCAAUGUUCAAAAUUUAAUGUAUGUUGCCAAAUGGCCAAAUAAUGCCAUCCUAACCAUGAUGGCAUUAUUUGUUUCAACAGCAUUGCAGGACUGCAUUGUCUGGAAGUAUACUAAAAUAACACACUCCUGCAUUAUGACAAAAUGCACAGCAACAGAACACAUAUAAGUUUUUCCCAUCCAUUAUCUAUACUGUUUAUCCUGAAGAGGGUCGUGGGGGACUGGAGCCAGUCCCAGCUGACAUUGGGUG